AUGCUGGUUCCUGCCUGCUGCCCUCUGCUGGGGUCCUGGCCCGGAGCAGGUGAUGGGGCUCUGCUCCUCUGCUCUCCUGGCAGAACCAGGCUCCUGUUUGCUUUCUCUUUGGAGAAGUUUACCGUGGGGUGCUGCAAAGCCUGCCCGCACGCCUGGGGUGCAAGGCUCCUGGAAAGCCAGCUUGGGUUCAGGUGGGGGCUCAGUGCCAAGGGAGGUCUCCUGGGCUGGGAUGUGGUGCUGCAGGGCUUGGCUGACGGUGGUUUUGUGGUGGGCCGGCAGGUUCUGCGCUCCGUGCUGCUGUUCCCGACCAUCGAGCGCAUGGCUCAGUCCCCCCAGGGGAAGCUCCUGACCCCGCUGCUCUGCCGGCUGCGCUACGCUCUCUACAUGCCCGUCUACCUGCUCUCCUUCCUGCCAGAGGGAGUCAAGGCCUCCCUGGUGCGGUUCGCUCUGCGAGGGAUGAAGACCUGUGAUGAGUCUUCCAUAACAACCUCCGUAAACCUCUUCAGCGUGGACUGCAUCGCCAACAUCUUGUAUAUGGCAAGCCAAGAAAUGAUGAAGGUUGUGGAGAGAGACAGUACAACCAUAAAGCAAAAUUUAAAGAAGCUGAUUUUUUACUAUGGAACUGGAGACAGCUGGUGUCCACAGCACUACUACGAUGAGAUCAAGCUGGAUUUCCCCGACGGGGACAUCCGGCUGUGUGAGAAGGGGCUGCGCCACGCCUUCGUGCUGGAUGCCAGCAAGGAGAUGGCUGCCAUGAUUGCAGACUGGCUACAGGACGAUCUGACCAAAUUAUAA